AUGUGGAGCCUUGAGAUUAGGGUUUCUAUUUUGUUGGCUUUUGCGACUGUGAUCUCUUCUCUCGAACCCAAACUCGGAUCAACCCGCGUCGUCUUUCAGACAAAUUAUGGAGACAUUGAAUUUGGUUUCUAUCCAACUGUUGCACCUAAAACUGUUGACCACAUUUUUAAGCUUGUGAGACUUGGAGGCUAUAACACCAAUCACUUCUUUCGGGUGGAUAAGGGAUUUGUAGCCCAAGUAGCUGAUGUUGCAAAUGGAAGAUCUGCUCCCAUGAAUGAGGAACAAAGAAGAGUAGCUGAAAAGAAUGUUGUUGGUGAAUUUAGUGAUGUCAAGCAUGUUCGCGGCAUUCUUUCCAUGGGAAGGCAUGAGGAUCCAGAUAGUGGUGGAUCCUCUUUUUCAAUGUUACUUGGAAAUUCUCCUCAUCUUGAUGGGAAGUAUGCAGUAUUUGGAAAAGUUACAAAAGGCGACGAUACAUUGGCAAAGCUUGAGCAACUACCUACUCGUAAAGAGGGAAUAUUUGUAAUGCCAAUGGAGCGCAUUACCAUUCUCUCAUCAUAUUACUAUGAUACAGAGACAGAAAAUUGUGAGCAAGACAGAUCAAUUUUGAAGCUCAGAUUAGCUGCAUCAGCCGUUGAAGUUGAAAGACAGAGAAUGAAAUGCUUCCCCUAA